GUGGAAAGUGGAAACUGUAAAAUUUGUUACACACAACACAAUUUAGGGAAAUUGGAGUUUGGCCCCUGCAAUUUCGCCAAAUUGACAUUUCCAGCAUUAAUUUAAUUAAAAUAUUCCCAGGAAUGAUGUUAGAAUUGCAGAGUGUGCUGCUCUAGAACCCCAACUCGAGUCUUCUCCGGUGGACUAUCACAGCCUUCAACUUCAGCUCCGGCCGCCCUUCCUUACGGGCUUGGGCAAUUCAAGAAUAACAGAAUGUCGGAGAAAGGAGGAAAAGGAAAUUUAUCGGGAAAAGGGGGCAAGUCUGCUCUAAAAUCACCCGUUCAGAAUGGUGACAGCUCAGGGAAACAGAGAAAGGGAAAAAAAGUUCAGUUUGAUUCUGAAGAUCCUAUUGAAACCAAUACUCCAAAAUCUAAUGGGAAGGCCGAUACUCCAGCUGCAACAGGUGGAAAAGGAGACAAAACUGCAAAUGGCUCUAAAAAGUCCACAGGGAAAGGACCAACCCCAGUGGAGCGAAGACUUGCUCAAGAGCUUCCUCCCAAUUCUGCAUGUUUGAUGGACUGUGAAGCUGCAGAAAUAUUGCAAAGCAUCCAAGAUCAGAUGGUUAUAUUGUCUCAAGAUCCUGAUAUUAAACUCCCAGUUUCAUUUGAUACGGGACUGACAUAUGCCAAGAGAGGUGGGAACUAUGCAAAGCCUGAGACUGUGAAGAAGAUAUUUGAGCCACUGAAGAAGCAUGGUGUUUCUGACUGCGAGAUUUGCUUGAUUGCCAAUAUUUGCCCUGAAUCAGUGGAUGAAGUUUUUGCCGUUGUCCCAGCUCUGAAGCCUAAGAUGAGCAAGUUAAGGGAUCCCCUAAGAAUUGCUUUGGAUGAACUGGCAAACCUCAAAGAGGCAUUGGCUAACCUGAAAAACUCCGCAUAGACUGUCAACAGAGGAGGGCUGUGAAACCAUGCUACAUCAUCUGGGGCUUGGUAGAUGUGCGUCUCUCCGGUUUUUGUCAAGUAAUGAAGACGACGAGCUCCGCUAAAAGUGGACAUUUUCCUAUGCUGUAUAUCAUUAAGUAAUUCUAUUUCAAAUCAACCCAAGUUGCAUUUCUUCUCGGGAUGAAGGGUUUCUGUUUAUACACUCGCUAAUUUUCACUCGUGGAAAACUUGUGUUGAACAUCUUUCUGUCAUUUAGCAAUGUUGCAUCUUAAAUUAGUAGAUACCUAAUUGUGUUCAAGAGUAUUUUAUUACUAUCUCCGUCUAUAAAGAGUAUACUAGUACAUUUUAUUUUUUGAAUAUAAUUCUACCUUUUCUUUUAA